AUGGACGCGAAUAGCUUUAGCACUCCAAAAGGUAGGGUUAUGGAGAAGCCAAAUCAUAACCAAAGCCAAAGCCAAAGCCAUAGCCAAAGCCAAAGCCAAAGCCAAGAGGCCCUUAAGUGCCCUCGAUGCGAUUCAUCAAACACCAAGUUCUGCUACUACAACAACUACAGCCUGUCUCAGCCGAGGCACUUCUGCAAGGCCUGCAAGCGGUACUGGACCCAAGGUGGAACCCUGCGGAACGUCCCAAUUGGUGGCAGUUGCCGGAAGAACAAGAAACGCAGUUCUAAGGUGUCAUCGCCGCCUCCUCCUGCAACGUCAAACCCUAGUGUCCAACCCCAGGUGGUGGACUUAUCUUCAACCUCAAUUAAUCAUGUUAAUCCUUUUCUCUAUGGCCUAAACACCUCUAGCGAGCUUAUGAGUGCUACUAUUCUUUCACACCCUAGCUUGCGCUCAAGGGCUUCAAAUUUGGAAAGUGUUUCUGGGUUCGAUCUGCAGCCUCAGUUGGAUGUUCUAGGUUAUUCUUUGUUUGGGGCCUCUGCUUCUGUUUACCCAACAGUGACUUCACUGUUGGCUUCAAGCCUUCAGCAACAGAAAUUCAUCUCCAACAAUUUUAGAGGCACUAAAGAAGCUGAUAACAGUUUUCAGAAAUUACUAGUACCCUCUGAAGACUUGGCAAUGGAUAUGAAGGAAGUAAAAAUGGAUCAAGGUCAAAACCUGGACCAGAUUGAGCAGAUCAUACCCUCAGAUCCUUCUCUUUGUUGGAAUAAUGCUGCUGGUGCUUGGCUUGAUCCUGCAAAUAUUGGGUCUUCAUUUCAGUCCCUUUUUUCAUCUACCAAAAACACACUUGAUUAG